AUGCCCGACUUCACUGACAACCUCAAACCCUCCAAGCCUGAUGGGCCUGAAAUCCUGGCAAAAGAACGAGCGCAGUCCGAUGUUCCCAUCGAUGAGCUAGCUUCUCACCUGCUCUCCCGCAAUGACUUUCUUACCCGCCAGGAACGUGUCCUCCGUGUACUGGAGAAGGAGCCAUUGUUCAACAAGUCGAAGCAACAGAACUUAUCACGCCCAGAACGCUAUCAUCUUGGUCUCGCCCGCGCGAAGAAAUUGAGGCGUCUAGCUGAUACCCAUGGCUGGGACGCGGAAGAUCAAAGUAUGUCGUCGUACCUCUGCGACGACGUAAGUCCAUAUAUGGUCCACUAUGCCAUGUUCAUCACCACAAUCCGCGAGCAAGGUGACGAACAGCAGAAGGCAUACUGGAUGCCCAAGAUCGAUGCGAUGGACGUCAUUGGCUGCUACGCCCAGACCGAACUUGGCCACGGAAGUAACGUCAAGGGACUGGAGUGCGAGGCACGAUGGGACCCGAAGACGAAGGAGUUCGUGCUGCAUAGCCCGUAUAUCAGCUCGAGCAAAUGGUGGAAUGGGACCAUGGGUCGGACUGCUAAUCAUGCCAUUGUGGUUGCUCAACUGAAAGUACCAAAGUCGCCAGGUUCGACGGACUAUGUUGAUCAUGGCCCGCAUCCAUUCGUUGUGCAAAUCCGAGACUUGAAGACACACAAACCUUUGGAUGGCAUCGCGGUUGGCGAUAUAGGUCCCAAAUACGGCUAUGCUCCGAUGGACAACGGCUACAUGCUGUUCGAUCACUUUCGCAUCCCACAUUCAGCCAUGCUGUCGAACUACUCUAGAGUCGAUCCAAACACCUGCACUUACAGUCGGCCUGCCAAUCCAGCUGUGGUCUACGGUAGCUUGACAGCUGUGCGAGCGAGCAUCAUCAUGCACGCAAGGCUAAUCAUGGCUAGAGCUGUCACGAUUGGGGUCCGAUAUACAUGCGUCAGACGGCAAUUCCAGGAUAGGGAUAGCAAGGAUAGAGGUGCUCCUGAGCUUUCCGUGCUAGACUAUCCAACUGUGCAGAUCCGCAUUCUGCCAAUCUUAGCAACUGCUUUUGCAUUGCACUACACGGGCGAGGCAAUGCAGAAGCUCUACGAAGGCACAAGAGCACAAAUUGACAAAGGUGACUUCAGCAAGCUUGCAGUGUUGCACGCCCAGUCUUCUGGUCUCAAGAGUCUUUGUACCGAGCUGGCAGCAAAUAGCAUCGAGACUUGUCGACGAGCUAUGGGUGGGCAUGGCUUUGGCGGCGGCAGUGGGUAUAUCCAGCUUAAUAACGACUAUCUGUCGAAGCCCACGGUCGAGGGUGACAAUUGGAUGAUCACACAGCAGACAGCGAGCUAUCUCAUCAAACGCAUGUCCGCCGCAGUAUCCGGCAAGGGUCAAGCUGAGGAUGAGCUCGAGGCAGCUUGUCGAGACUGGCUGAAGAACGGCGGAAGGAGCAGCAGUUCACCUUUGCCAGUUUUCGACUCCGACGAAGCAAUCGUGCAAGCCUUUCACAGACGCUCCCGAUACUCGACGUACCAAGCAUACAUUGAGCGAGAAGUCAAGAAGCGAAGCUGGAACAGCAUGCAAAUUCAACUGCGGAAAAUCAGCCACGCAGAAUCUCAAUCGAUCUUGGUCACAAAUUUCUUCGAAGCUAUUACGGCCGAACCUUCUGGCAUUUCGUCCGUUUUGAGAGCGCACCUGGCAACACUCUUCCGCCUCUUCGCGUUUUACACGAUGGACGCUGAAGCUCGCGACUUUGUAAAAGCCAACGCCGUGUCGAACGCCGAUUUGGACCAGCUACCAGCCAAGAUCCAGGACUUGAUGGCACAAAUCCGACCGCAUGCUGUGCGUCUGGUGGACUCGUGGAAAGUACCUGACUUCCUCCUUGACAGUGCAUUGGGACGAUAUGACGGUAAAGUCUACGAAGACCUGUUCAAUCGGGCACACCGGCUUAAUCCGUUGAACGAGAUCACAUUCAACCCUUACUACAAGAGCGACGAGAUUGUGAUGGGAAGCGGCAGUGAUGAGCUCAAGAAGAUCUUGGCGAAGCUGUAG